AGAAAGCCGUGGGGCCGCCCGCGACUCCGGAGCGUGUUGGUUACUCUUGCCUCCUCCUACUCAAACCGAUCCCGGCUUCGACGGACCCGGGCAGGUGGGCGGGGCCGGGGGGGAGAGGCCUGGCUCCCCUUCUCGAGCGCGGAGGACCCCAGACCGCUGCUGCGGCCCUGCGCCCCCUCCCCCGCCUCCUCCGAAGUAACCGAGCUGCAGCGCUAAGUUUGGAGAAAGUCUUUGGAAACUAGCGCCGCAACCCAGCAGAACCGCCGUGGCUUCAGUCCCAUAUUCCUCCCACCGAAGAGACGGCGAGCCCCGACUGUUCAGCUUUUCCUCCCCUUCCUUGGAAGCUGGGAUUCCUUGUCCCUGGCCCUGGGCCCUAGAAGAAGGGAGUGGGGUGGGGGUUGGGAUGGGAGCUACUUUAGCUCCGACUCCCCUCCCUGAAUUCCCUAAUCGGGGCUCCUGGCCUCCUUUACAGAAUUCUCGAAAAGCAAAGUGUAGCGCUAAGGCCCUUCGGUCCCGUCUCACUACCCAGCUCCCUUUCUUGACCUCUGAGAGUAGUGCCCCGGUUCUGAGCAGCGGUGGAAACGGGGUUUCGACCUUCCAGCUCGGGUCCGCGUGGGCUUUGCCGCUGAGGCCUAGUUUUCUGUUCUCGAUUGGGUUCUGGGGCCGCGGGUUCAGCUAAUAGGAUAGUAGGAAGCACACGCGGCCGGCCAUACUAAGGCUUCCCAAAUCCCCGAGACCCUUUAGGGCUCCAGGCUGGUCACUCUUCGUCCCCUAAUGGGAUCCGGUUGUGCACAAACCCGAUUGGGUAGAAAGGAGGCCUGCCUUGUGCGAGCAGAGAAGGGCAGGUGGCCGAGAAUGAGGCACUUCAGACCUCGGGCGGUGUCUUGGAACUGCCACUUUUACUAUGGUCCCUUUGGUUUUCUUUGGCCACCUCUGGGGGCUGGGCCGUGACCGCGGAGAGGUGCGGCGGGAUCCCGGGUAAGCCGUGUCUCAGCGGCUGGGCACUGAAAGGUUAUCCAGGAUAGUGAUACGGACUCUGGGGCAGGGGAGCUGCCAUGGAGCUCUUUGAAGGAACCAAGUGGACGGUGCUUCCCGAGAGGCCGGGUGCAGUCACCACUCCUCAUUGCCUCAUUUUAGCCCGCUGUAGUGUCUACCUUCUAUGUCCCGUUUUCAAAAACAUUUGAAACAAAACUAAACAACCCCUUACACUUUCGAUCUCUGCGGCCUGAGGUCUGGGCGCCAAGUGAACACUUGCUUGUGCAAUAUGAAGCCGCUGGACUUAAAGUUUUGCCUAGAUAUAAGCUUUCGCACAUUCUGUGGUUCUGGCUCUGACCUCCCCAACCUGGCCAUGCUUUUAACUACUCUCCUCACUCCUGACAAAUGUCUUUGGCCCAUGCCAGCCCCCCCAAAGAGGCAGUGAUUAUCCAGAAAGUUUACUUUUAAGAUAAGCUGUGGUCACUUAGCUGAGACCUUGUGGAGCCGAGUUGACAGUCCUGUGCAACUGUGUAGCCUGCGUCCUCCACCCACCCAGGGGCUUCUUGCCUGGGACACAACCUAGAAGCCGAAGUGGUACUGAGUGAUGUUUUUCUUGUGUAUCUCCUGUCUCCAUAGGCCAGGCCCCCAGAAGCAACAGCUUGAAGGACUCCGAGGUGGGAGCCCUGUACUGCUCCUGCCCCCUGGAUCCGUCGGGGUGCCUCCACCCGGCUGUUAGCAUGAUGUCUUACCUCAAACAACCCCCAUAUGGCAUGAAUGGUCUGGGCCUGGCUGGGCCCACUAUGGAUCUCCUGCAUCCCUCCGUGGGCUAUCCCGCUACCCCGCGGAAGCAGCGGAGGGAGCGCACCACCUUCACUCGCUCACAAUUGGACGUGCUCGAGGCGCUCUUCGCCAAGACUCGCUACCCUGACAUCUUCAUGCGCGAGGAGGUUGCGCUGAAAAUCAACCUGCCCGAGUCCAGAGUCCAGGUCUGGUUCAAGAACCGCCGCGCCAAGUGCCGGCAGCAGCAGCAGAGUGGGAGCGGAACUAAGAGCCGCCCCGUCAAGAAGAAGUCGUCUCCAGUGCGGGAGAGCUCCGGCUCCGAGAGCAGCGGCCAGUUCACUCCGCCCGCCGUUUCCAGCUCGGCCUCGUCCUCUAGUUCGGCCUCCAGCGCCUCUGCCAUCCCGGCGGCCGCUGCGGGCCUAGGCGGGAACCCUGCGGUGGCUGCAGCGCCGUCGCUGAGCACGCCCGCGGCCUCGUCCAUCUGGAGCCCGGCCUCCAUCUCGCCGGGCUCAGCGCCGGCGUCCGUGUCUGUGCCCGAGCCGCUGGCUGCGCCGAGCAACACCUCCUGUAUGCAGCGCACGGUAGCCGCAGGGGCCGCCACAGCGGCAGCCUCCUAUCCCAUGUCCUAUGGCCAGGGUGGCAGUUAUGGCCAGGGCUACCCAGCGCCCUCCUCUUCCUACUUUGGCGGUGUGGACUGCAGCUCCUACCUAGCGCCCAUGCACUCGCAUCACCACCCGCACCAGCUCAGCCCCAUGGCACCCUCCUCCAUGGCAGGCCACCAUCAUCACCACCCGCAUGCACAUCAUCCGUUGAGCCAGUCCUCAGGCCACCACCACCACCAUCACCACCACCACCACCACCAAGGCUACGGGGGCUCAGGGCUUGCCUUCAACUCUGCCGACUGCUUGGAUUACAAGGAGCCCGGCGCUGCUGCUGCUUCUUCGGCCUGGAAACUCAACUUCAAUUCACCCGACUGUCUGGACUAUAAGGACCAAGCCUCUUGGCGGUUCCAGGUCUUGUGAGCCCAGGAGAGAGAGGGAAAGAAGCAAACAAAAACAAAAAACACAACUACCUGCGCCCUUGGUGGUCCCCAUCCUGUUGUUGCUGCUGCACCGCCCGCCUUUGCCUCGGCUUCUCCAAAACUGAAUUUUCACACCCCCAAAAGAUGCCCAUUGCCUGCACUGCCGCUCCUCCUCCCCCUUUGUGCCACUUGUUUGGGGGGAUGUGUAAACCCGCCUACCCGGUGAACAGGGGACCGGUGCUUCAGCUCACCCACAGGUUCUCUGCGGGAUAGCUCGUGCUCUCCCUCUCAACCCCCAUCGAACUAAGUUACUCCCUCAUCUUUCUGGACAGCUCUUAUGCACUUGCAGCCUUCGGAGGCUUUUCGCUCUGAUCUACUGCUUGAGCCCAACACUAUUAUUUAUUCUUUCUGGACACUGAAGUCACUAACUGGCGUGUAUCUGCCCAUUGGAGUGCGCCCACACACUACUCCAAAUCAAAACAACCACUUAAGUGUUUCUCCCGCACAGACUGUCGCCCCUUCGGCUGCCCUCGAUUCUGCUCCGCGCCUGCAAGCCAGAGCUUCCCAGGUUUCCUCCUGCCCAGCGGGGUGCGUGGGGCCAGGCCCGCAAGAAGAGCGCUCCUGCAGCCUCAAGCACAGAGCCGUGUCCCCGCCCUACGCUGGACUAGUUCAAGCUUCCGCCUCGGCGGGAAUGCUGUACAUAGUCGGUCCGUUCCAGGGACCACUUAAACUUUUUAGUUGCUGUUGGUUGAACUGAGCAUAUCUCGUUUUAGCGCCCAGGAAACAGAACUUUAAGAUAUAUACAGCACAUAUAUAUAUAUACAUAUAUAUAAAAACAAAAGCAAAACAUAUUUUCCCUCUGUUCCCCUUCCUGUCUUCCUCAAGCGAUGGCGCUUUUAUUUUCCAGUUGUUACAAAGCUGUUCUGCUCUCUUCACAUCUCCCUCUGUGUAUUUAUUAGAGAACCGCUUGGUUCCAGGAAGCUGAGCGCAGAGGACACGGGAGUGUGAAGGAAACAGCCAGGUCAGGAUACAGGGUUCGGGGGCCAGACUGGGGUGGGGCACAGGACUGAGCCCUUUGCCUGGUCUAAGCACAGGGUCGCAGUUCCGGUUUAGAGACCAAAAAACAAAAACAAAAACGACAAAAGAACCCAGCCCAACAACAACAAAAAACCACAAAAAAGAACCAAACCAAACAAAAAGGUUUUAAAAAAUGGCAUUCUGGAAAAACAAACUCAGGCCCCAAACCCCAGUUCCAAUUGCUCUGUUUUACACAUCCCUGUUUUGUCUAGUGAGUUUUUAGUGCACCUUCAUCCUCCGAAAUCUGGAAAGCCUGCGAGCCUAUGUAUCAAUUUCGGUUUUGGCCGCUUUGUCCAGUAGGUGGGAAAGUAAUUUGUAAAUUUGAUUUGUCCAAUGUGAAGAUCACAAAUUACUUGUUGAAAUGUAAGGCCGUCCCCCUCCUCCUCUUUAUCUACAUUAUUUCCCAAAAUAAAUGCAAAUUAAUGAAA